UACUAUCGUUGAACAUCCCAGCUCUAUGAAGAAAUUCGCAUUCAAUUAAUUUUUAACUAAAAAGAUGACAGAACUAUUAAUUGAUCCAGAUAUUCGUGUUUGGGUAUUCUUGCCCAUUGUGUUGAUCACAUUUCUGGUGGGCAUAGUGCGUCAUUAUGUCUCCAUACUGAUAUCCACUCAGAAAAAGGCCGAAUUGACACAGAUCCAGGACAGCCAAGCUAUGAUACGUGCACGCUUGUUACGGGAAAAUGGUAAAUACUUGAGUGCCCAAUCCUUUUCGAUGCGUAAGAAUUUCUUCAAUAACGAGGAGACGGGAUACUUCAAGACACAGAAACGUGCACCAGUCGCACAGAAUUCAUCGGCCAUGUUAACCGACAUGGUAAAGGGCAAUUUCAUCAAUGUUCUGCCCAUGGUUAUCAUUGGUGGUUGGAUCAAUUGGAUGUUCUCUGGUUUUGUCACCACCAAAGUUCCGUUUCCCCUCACUUUGCGCUUCAAACCGAUGUUACAACGCGGCGUUGAGUUGGCCUCCUUGGACGCCGCCUGGGUCUCAUCAGCAUCAUGGUAUUUCCUCAAUGUCUUCGGCUUGCGUUCCAUUUACACCUUGGUCCUGGGCGAAAAUAAUCACGCGGACCAAACACAGGCCCAAGCCGAUGCCAUGACCGGUGCAGCAAUGACAAUGCCACAGGAUCCAAAGGCUGCUUUCAAAGCGGAAUGGGAAGCUCUAGAGAUUACAGAAUAUCACAGUGCCCUAAAGAAUAUCGAUGCGGAUAUGUUAAGCAUUGCUUCUGCCUCAAGUCAGUAAAACCAGAACCAUUAGGAAGUGGUUUUUAUGUUAACUUUUUAGCUAAAUUACUAAUUAAACAAAACGUAUGUAACAAAGAAAUUGAGUUUGUUAAAAUAAGAAAACACAAAUUGUCGACAUAUUAGUAAAAAUGGCAAGAAAUUUGCAAAUGAAAA